UAUGAACGUUUUAAUUUCCGCCCGGCAUUGUCGAGAGAAGCUUCGUCAUUGCGCUUUGAUUCUAGAAGUUUUUCAAUCAAUUUGCAAAGUUUAGCAAAAUGUCCUUACCACGUGUUUACUUUGAUGUAGUAGCCGAUGGUGCUGUUUUAGGAAGAAUUGUUGUAGAGCUAAGGACAGAUGUUACUCCUAAGACAUGUGAAAACUUCCGCGCUCUUUGUACUGGCGAAAAGGGCUUCGGUUACAAGGGAUCCACUUUCCACCGAGUGAUCCCCAACUUCAUGUUGCAAGGUGGUGACUUUACAAACCACAAUGGCACUGGUGGAAAGUCCAUCUACGGUGAGAAGUUCGCCGACGAGAACUUCGUCCUGAAGCACACCGGCCCUGGCGUCCUCUCAAUGGCUAAUGCCGGCCCCAACACCAAUGGGUCUCAGUUCUUCAUUACUACUGUGAAGACAUCGUGGCUGGAUGGGCGACACGUUGUCUUUGGAAAUGUAGUUGAGGGCAUGGAUGUUGUCAAGCAAGUUGAGGCCCUCGGCUCUCAAUCUGGCAAACCCUCGAAGAAAGUUGUCAUUGCUGACUGUGGCCAGCUUUCCUAAGCUAAUUGAAUGUAAUAUUUAAAAAAAUGCAAUAUUUUAAGUUCUAACAUAAUGUCACUCAACUACCUUUCCAUUCAUGAAGAUUUUACGUUUAAAAAUGGGUCAUUCCAAUAAUGUUAUAAAUUUAUAACUAUUUUUUUUAGAACGCA